AUGCCUGCACCAACAUAUAUCAUCUCCCGCGCUGCGGAUCCAAUUUUUGGUGUCUUGAUUGGCCUGUCAGCCGCAGCAACCAGAAUCAACCGCGAAGAAAAGGACAAAGGUCGAACAACUCAACAGACUCUUGAAGCUGCGCGACGCAUAGACGAGUUGGACUUUCUUCCAAGUCUUCGUGAUUAUGUCUGGGCUCGCUUCGACACCUGA